AUGCAUCCUGACUCAGAGAUCCGAUGGAUGUGUCGAAGUGCUUGGGAAAGAACGAAUAUACACGGCCUAAUGGCCACGCUUUCCCUCGACAACACAUCUUCGCUGCCAUGCAAAUUAUGCAGCUACUGUGCGGGACUUCAGUUCAGAGUAACCGCUGAUGAACCUGAAGAAGAAGUUCUUGUGUCGGUAAUUGCUUCCCAGCACCGGCUUUAUCAAGUUUAUCUUGAUUUCUUCCCCACAUUCCCAGCCCUGAAGCAACGGGCUACCGAGGGCUGCUCAUUUUGUAACUUUUUGAGAUCGAGCGUGCUGGCGGAGUAUGAAAGAAAAGGCCUUGACAUCCAGGGCAAGAAGAGAUGGGUCGGAAUCGUGUUAUCAGCCAAGAUGGAUGAGAGAUUCGAGUGCAGAUCCUCGUUCUCAAUGUAUAAAGACGAAGGCCCCGUCAUCAUACGAGUUGACGUGCCAGCAUUUGAUCAAGGAAGACAAGUCCCCAUGGGAUAUCGUCUUGCAUUUCAGACAUCAUCUGAAGCAACCCUUACCACUCGCGAUCCGCUUUCAACCGAGAACGUGGAAAAUGUCAAGCGAUGGCUUAAAGAAUGCCAAAUGAACCACGAAGUUUGCAGGUCCAGACUGAGUGGCUUUACUCCAAGCCGUCUUCUCGACAUAAAGGACAAAACAUUACGACUGGUCACUGAAGCAGAUGAUUCUGGAUAUACUGCACUAAGCUAUUGCUGGGGGUCUAAAGCAAACCAGAAAGAGCACUUCUUGACCACGAAAAGCAAUAUUGGGUCGAGACGAUCCGGAUUCGCAUUGUGCGACCUGCCUAAUACGCUUCGGGACGCUGUACGGACAACUCGUGCUCUAGGUAUUCGGUACAUCUGGAUCGACGCACUUUGUAUAAUCCAAGAUGAUCCAGAGGACUGGAGCAAAGAAUCGUCACGAAUGGGCCAGAUUUACAGCCACGCCUGCUUGACCAUUGCGGCUACGACUUCAAAGUCAUCAUUUGACGGGUUUUUGCUGAACCGUGACCCGUCUUACAGGACUACUUCAAAAUUUGUCUUCAAAGAAGUUCAAUCUUUUCGUUCAGAGCCGCUCAUGGAAAAAUCCGGCCUCGCUCAUUUCCGGUAUCCGCCUGAGACAAGUGUCCAAAAAUCUUUGAGUACGUGCCGCUGGGAAGAACGCGGCUGGACAUUGCAGGAGAGAUUGUUGUCCACCCGGAUUCUAUACUUCACAAAGGACGUCUUCUAUUAUGAAUGCGCUACAACACAGAGACUGGAGAACCCUGGCUUUGAACUACCCAAGCGCAUCGAAUUUUCUGCGCUGCUCGCCGCAUCACAUAUCAUGACGGAGUCCGAGAGAUUACAAAAGCAAGAAUCUCACCUCUCGCAAUGGUACGAGGUAGUCAAGAUUUACACCAAGAGGAAAUUGACAAAGUCGAAAGACAAGCUACCGGCGAUCGAAGGUCUAGCUUCGGAGCUGAACAACAUUCUAAACGACACGUAUAUCUAUGGUCUCUGGCGCAUGGAUCUGCACCGAGGUCUUCUCUGGCAGCCAAGCUCAAAAUCCUGGAAGCGCCCAAGAGACGGUUACCGCGCCCCCACUUGGUCAUGGGCGUGUCGAGAUGGGGGUGUUUCGUGGGAUGCAUCUACCUUCAAGCCUGGAUGGAAGUCCCUUAUACAAGUCAACAACAUCCAACCUCACCGGAAGUGCACUUGUUGCAACGAGACUAUAGGCGCGCAGCUAGAUCUCACCGCAAAGGUGGCGCCAUUAAAGGACAUUUUGGUUGCUCAUCUAACUUCUGCUAAUAUAGAAGACUCUGCGUUUUUGGACUACUUGAAUACAUGCGAGUUUUUGUAUGGAUUUGAUGAGUUUGAUGGGCUCGGAACAUUUACGGUUGACAAGGAGGAAGAUGAGGGGAUAUAUCUGCCUGACGUACGGAUGCUGCUCAUUGCAGAGACGGCGGAGCCAGCGAAUAUACAAGCCCUCCUCAUCCAACCUUGUUACGGCAGCAGCCAUUUUGAACGGGUCGGAUGGUUCAUACAGAAGCAGACACUUGAACAUCUCAACUUUCUUCAGGAUUCAGAGGACGUUGGGCCAAUGCGUGAGCAUUUCAAGUCUGAGAGGCUAGUACUUGUUUAA